AUGAUGAUCCCCAGCGUGCUCGCUCCCGCAGCUCUGUAUCCAGGACUGUACCGCUCCUGCGCGCUCCCACUGCCGCACGCUCUCCCGCCUCAGCGCAGCUUUCUGGUGGAAGACCUACUACGCAUGCGCACUGCACCAUCUGCGUGCACGAACCACGCAUCCCCGCAACCGCAAGUUGAACCUAAAACCUCCAAAGAUCCAACGUUCCUGAAGUUUGGAGUCAGAGCGAUUCUGGCGCCGUCUCCUAAAACAGCCUCUCCUCCUCCUCCCAUGGUCCACAAGUCUUUCCACUUUCCCUGUUUUGAGGCCGCUCUGCACCCGGUCUUCAGGGCGCCGUACCUACCAGCCUCCCCGGUGGUGCCGAUGCCGGGGACCUUCUCAUGGCCGCUGGUGUCUCGGGGGAAGCCGCGGCGAGGGAUGCUGCGUCGCGCCGUCUUCUCCGACGUUCAGAGAAAAGCUCUGGAGAAAAUGUUCCAGAAGCAGAAGUACAUCAGUAAACCAGAGCGCAAGAAACUGGCCGGAAAACUGGGGCUCAAGGACUCACAGGUGAAGAUCUGGUUCCAGAACCGCAGGAUGAAAUGGAGGAACUCAAAGGAGCGGGAGCUGCUGUCGUCGGGCGGAUCUCGGGAACAGACUCUUCCCACGAAGUCCAACCCUCACCCGGACCUCAGCGACUGCUCCCAGGACCCGCUGCCUGAUGACCACUUCCUGGACAGUCACAUGACCCUGGCAGGCUCCUCCCCCUCCUCCAGACACUCAGACUCAGACUCAGACGACGACAUCACCGUGAACUAA